AUGUCUAGCACUGACCCUGCCUAUCAGUCUGCAGGGGGCACUACCUCAGGCAUCUCUAAUGAAGCUACUACAAUGUUACAAACUUUUUGGCAUCGAACAAUGGAAGGCAUACAAAAGAUGACACAAAAUGAUUUUAAAUGUCAAGAACUCCCUCUAGCAAGAAUAAAAAAAAUAAUGAAGCUUGAUGAAGAUGUCAAGAUGAUCAGUGCUGAGGCACCAGUAUUAUUUGCUAAAGCUGCUGAAAUAUUUAUUAGUGAAUUAUCAUUGAGAGCUUGGAUACACACAGAAGAUAACAAACGAAGAACUUUACAGCGUAAUGACAUCUCAAUGGCAAUCACUAAAUUUGACCAGUUUGAUUUCCUCAUCGACAUUGUUCCACGUGAUGAACUUAAACCACCAAAACGACAAGAUGAGGCUGUUAGGACAACUUCAGUGCUUCCAGAUCAAAUACAGUAUUACUUUCAGUUGGCCCAACAGAAUCAACAGCAACAACAACAGCAGCAGCAGCAACAACAGCAGCAGCAGCAACAGGUACAACAACAGCAGCAGCAACAAGUACAGCAAGCUCAACAACAGCAGGUGCAGCAGCAAGCUCAACAGCAAGUGCAACAACAGCCACAGCAACAGCAGCAACAGACUGUAGCUGUUGCCCAGCCCCAGCCACCAACCACCCCUACCCCACAAGCUCAGACACCCCAACCUCAGCAGGCUGGGACAGCACAAAUACAGCUAUCAGGUGAGGGCUUUCCUGUGGUACUGAGUCAAGGCGGACAUAUAAUUCAGUCACCGUUUCAAAUCCAAGUUGCACAAACCGGAAGUAAUGCUGUCAGCUUAGGAAAUAACAACUCCCAUGGUUAUGAACUUGUGACUCUAGGAAAUUCAAACAUAAUCCAAAUCCCCACAUCUCCAGUUCAAACACAGCAAGCUACAGUUGUGAGCCAGCCUCCAGCAGCACCUCCAACACCAACACCACAGACCACUGUCACACCAGCCAUCACCCAACAGGCUGUGUCACACCAGGUACAGGCUAUCACACAACAAGCACAGUCCCAACAGCAGCCACAACCCCAGCAACAAAUUCAGGCUGCUCAGGUGAUACAACAGGUUGUCACACCUUCAGGAGAAAUCCAACAUUUACCUAUUCAACUGACUGCUGCUCAAUUGCAAGCAUUCCAGAUGCAAUUACAAGGUAAACAAGCCAAUCAACCACUCAUCAUUCAGACCACCCAACAACAAAAUGAUCAGAUUAUUGGAGCCACACAACAACAACAACAAUUUGCCACGACACAGCCUAUAUAUCAAAUUCAGCAGGUGCAGGUUGCGCCUAACCAGCAGCACAUCUUUAUACAACAACCAGCGCAUGUAGCCACAGAUGCUGAGACACAAUCUAUACAGGAAACAGCUGAGGCUUCCUAG